AUGGUGUCCUUUUGGCCCUGGAAGGGCGAUGACAACUCAGCGGCUUCUUUCGAGAAGACCCUAUCCUCGCUGUCGACAAAGAUCGCCCAGGCGACCACGCGACUGGACCAACAACGGCAAUCCUCGCGGCGCUUCAAAGCCCUCUGGACGCUUUAUUCGACGUUCGCCUAUUUAUUCUAUACCAUCGUCCUUGCUUUGAUAUUGGGAUGGGAAAGCUGGGGAGUCAAGGAAUACGCAGCUAUUGGGGGUGGGCCUGUCCUGAUCUAUGCAGUUCGGACCAUAAGCUCCAAGGCUUUCAACUACCGCAUCAACCGUCUCCAACGCCACCUUGACGAUCUCCACAAGCAGCGCGAGGCGACAAUCGAGAAGCUGAAGGUUGCCACCAAGUACAACUCCACCCAACAACUGCUGGAGAAGUACGGCGGCGAGUCUCCCAAGCCGUCACCCAAUCCGAAGGGAGCCGGCGAGAAAGGCAAGCCUGCCCAGCAGCCAAACCAACCCUUCGCCCGCACUGGUCUCCCACCACCACCCACCGCCAACAUCCGACGUUCCCCUUCCUCCCCUCAAACCCCGAACAAUGCGCCACCUCAACCUCCAUCCCCUCCGCAGGAGCUAGCUCACGGCACCCCGCAACCCCAGCAACCAUCGUUCGCCCCUUCCCCUUACCCCCAACCCCCAGCCGAACAGGCCGAAUUCGCACCCAACGCGUACUCGAACAACAACGGCCAAGGUAUCGAGCAACCGCACUGGUACGACCGUCUCCUGGAUGUCCUCCUCGGCGAAGAUGAAACCCAACCUCGCAACCGGAUGGUGAUGAUUUGCACCAGCUGCCGGCUUGUAAACGGCCAAGCACCCCCCGGGAUCAAGACACCGGAAGAGCUGGGCCGCUGGCGUUGUGGAAGCUGUGGCGCCUGGAAUGGAAGUGAGAGCGAAACCAGCCAGAUGCUCACUAGCUUGCGUCAGGAGACGGCGCCAGCCGAGGGAACUUGGGAGCCCGUGUCGAAGGCCGAUGCGGAUCCUCAGUCGUCUGAGAGUGUGGAUGAGGCGCUCAUGGUCCCUUCGAGUGAGGGUGAGCAGGGGGAAUCUGGUGGAUCAGACGCGGAUGCGCGUGAACUGGACGAUGAACCUACGGCCGAGCCUGUGCGACGUUCUAAGCGUGGUGGAAAGGGGAACAAAGCGAAGUAG